GCAGAAGAUUAUUAGCUUUUCAUUUGUUUUCAGAGUUUAUCUUCCAACAUUAACAGUCUACUUCACUUAAGCAACUUCUUCUUCUUCUGUGUUUUUCAUGCGAACAUCAUGAAAAUGAUGAAAAACAAAGGGAAAAACAAAAAAAGCUGUGAUCAACAAACAAUCCUUCUCAUCUUAAACUCACAACUCUUCACAAGCUCAACCUUCUAACAUCGCUCACCCGAAUCACUUUUUUCAUCAACAUCUCCUCUUCAUCACUAUUUAUCAUCCUCUCCUUAUCAGUGUUUGCCUCUCUCUCUUUCUCUCUCUCUCACCUCUUAUUUGUCCUCUCUUUCUCUCGUUGCGUUGUUACCAAACACUUGUUUCUUUGCACCUCACUCUAACCGGCAACAACAACCAUCAACAGUUUUACAUUUGUAAACAAAACGUUCAUCUGUUCCAUUCUUUAUUUUGUUUUUCAUGUAACUAAAUCCAGCAAUUUAUCACAUUUAAAAAGCUCUCUAAAUUAUAAUCAAAAUAUAUCACCUUAUUUGCAACUCUGUUAACCCAUUGCUUUGGAUAUACAAUCUAAAUCAACUCUGUGAGCCUCUUUAAGUGUGUGAAGUAAACAAACAGUAAACCUUUGAUAAAUAUCGCCUGUAAUCAUUACAAAGAUUGUUUUAUAUUACAAUGGAUUGGUCAGCAAGUUAAACAAUGGUCCAAGAAAAGGUUUAAUUAUUUAAGGUCUGUUUGUUAAUGAUUAAUGCCUCAUUAAAUCUGAAAGUUUGUAGACAGACUAACCAGACGAUCAAAUUAGACAGACUUACUCAACAACUGGUUGAAUAACUGACUGACUAGCUGAUUAUUACCAGAGAUCAAGUGAAAUUGAUUUUUACCAUUGAUUGGUGUUUCAACAGCAGCAAUCCUUUGCCUUUUCCUGUUUAAUUUCACGGCUAAUCUAUCUGAUUAGUCUAAUGAGACAUAUUACAAUGAUGGGUAAUCAUCAAGGAAUACCUUUCAUGAUGAACCUAAUUGUAUUAAUUGCCUGGUCACUGUAUUUUAUUACCACUUCUGAUGCCUGUUCCUGUGUCUACUCUCAUCCUCAAGAGCACUUCUGUUCAUCUGAUUUUGUGGUAACUCUUUCAAUUCAGGGAGAUCCAAAGCAAUUACAUCAAUACAAUUACCUUCGUUAUCCAGUUAAAGUUUACAAAAUAUACAAAGGAAUGGACAAAACCUCAGUUCGCAAAGGUUUCAUCUACACUGGAUCAGCUUUGUCUUCUUGUUCACCGACUCUUGCCAAAAAUACUACUUACCUUAUGACAGGACGGAUUGUUAACGGUAAACCAUUUGUAUCAAUCUGUAAUUUCAUCUCGGAAUGGUCCAGUUUAACUUAUCGUCAAAAGAAAGGAUUUAGACGUAACUUUGGACGCUCUUGCGGCUGUAAAGUGACCGAUGCAGGAUCAUAUGCUUUUUACUCUGGUUAUCAUUACAACUUCAGUAAUCGAUCGAUCGAUGGACAAACUGACAACACCAAGGGUUACAGACGAUUUGGUUACUGUUCAUGGGAUACUAAAUGGGAGAUUGAAUUUGAUUGUCAAGGUUCAUAUUCCACUUGCUUACCAGUCCCAGCUCCAAGUUCAAUCUACCCUGAACCUGAAUCCAAUGAUGUAAUAAACUUUGAUAGUAAUCGCAAUCGACGGAAUCGAUCAAAACUUGGCCAAUGUCAAUGGGAUCAGAAUAUCGAUUAUCUCGAUUGUAUGAAAAGGAAAGCUGAACGUAAAGCAUUACUUCAACUUGAACGAGAAGGAGAACCUUGAAUUAAUGAAGCAACCAGAAUUACAUCAACAAUUAAUGUUGAUCUGUUGGUUAACCAUCAUUAACAUUGUAACUUUACAUCAUUCGAUUAAUAUCAUUACAUGGAAAGGUUUAUUCAGAUGAUGAGAACAACAUUUUUUUCAAUCUUCCUACAAACCAUCGAAAAGGGGAAAUCAUUUGCACUUAAAAUUGUUUUGUUUCAAUAAACUAAUUGUUAGAUUGUUGAUUAAGUUUCACAUACAAUUUGAAUGAGAAACAGACAAAAGACGAAAAAACAUUGAAUAUCAAAUCAUCAACAUUACGCCAUGAAUCUCAUGUGAAUAAAGAAAAGAGAGAAACAUUACUUUCAUGAUUAUGAUUAACUUUAUGUUAAUCAUGUGGGAUGUUAAUUGUGAUUUUAAAUAUGAAAAGUUAUCGAUAUUAAUCAUCACCAUUAAAUGGAAUGCCAAUGAUGUCAAUUGUAGAGUGGGAUUCAAAGGAGUGACAACAAUUGAAAGCAACGCCGGAUAUUUUCAUUUUACCUGAUAACAAUUACAAGGUUAACAUGAUACUCGUAUAUUUACGCUAUCUUCAUCAUCUCACCAUCAUCUUCAUUCUCUUCACCUUCUUCACCUUCUUCAUCUUCGUCGUCUUCAUCUAUAUCAUCAUCAAAGGCAACCAGAACUUGGUCCGAAUGGAUUGUUGUAUCAAUCAAACGCAAAUUUUCAUGUUUUUGUAACGUUUAAAAUCGUAGUGUUUUCACCCUGCUGUGAAACAAAAUUAACCUUUAAUAAUAAUUAUCCGAGAUUAGCUUUUCUUGAUUAACAUCAUCCAUCAACAUCACAUUCUCUUCCUUGUUUAUCACCAUUAUUAAUGAACAACAGAAACAACAACAAUAUUAUUAUUAUUAUACUAUUAUUUAAACAAAUUUACCAAGUUUCUUCUUCUUUGCUUAUCCAACUCAAUUGUUUCAAUCGGUUAUAUCAUUAAAAUUGUAAUUUAUUA